AUGGGUGUUGCAGAUAGCGUCGGACGUCCAGUCUGCCUUCUAUUUGGGCCACAAUGCAGCAAUUUCGAUGCGGUCUCGGCUCAAAUAAGCAGGACUUUGGCCGAAGAUUCAUCUGUACAAUUCAUCUAUGAAAUUCUGCAGGACCUGCCUUCCCUAUGGACCGAUAUUACCAAGGCCUUUCCGCCUCUCCGUCAAGUUUCGGGGGGCGAGCAGAUCAUCGCAUUGGUACAACAGUUACAUGGCUCGCCAUCACCACACACCGCAGAGCCUACUAGUAUGAUCCUGACUCCACUCACUGUAAUUAGCCAGAUCUUGGAGUUCAUCAAGCUGAAGGAGUCGGAUGUGGAGCAAAGGAUCAUCGACACUCAAGGGUUCUGCGUAGGGUUCUUGUCUGCGGUCGCGGUCGCUUGCUCUAAGGGGGGUGGCGAGUUUCGGUCACUCGCAGCGACAAUUGUCCGACUAGCCGUUUGCAUUGGGGCUCUGGUUGACUUGGAUGAGUUGGUACAUGGUAACUUUCGGUCUGUUGCUGUAAAGUGGAAGGACCUCGCUGGUUGCAAGACAUUUCAACAAGUCAUCGCAUCCCACCCAAAGGCCUAUGCAUCAUGCGAGUUGGAUACCAAUAGUAUGACGGUAACGGUACCAGAGGAAGGUAUAGAAGCGUUGGUCAAAGAUCUCACAAGUCACAAUUUAUCAGCGAAGCCGAUUGCGCUGAGGGGCAGAUUCCACCAUGAGGCACACAAAGAAGCUGUGCAACGUAUUUUCAAGUACUUUGAGCAUGACAAGCGUUUCCUAUUACCAAAUGGAAGCGAGCUUCUCCUGCCUAUCCGAUCCAACGUGGACGGGAACGUUAUUCGCCAAGGGGGUUUGCUCGCCAUUGCAUUAGAAUCCAUUUUGGUCAUGCAAUGCAAGUGGUUUCCAACUGUUGCAGACGCAUUUCACGACAUGCGACAAGCCAACAAUGGUGCUCGCUUGCUGACAGUUGGCGAGAGUUCCAUCAUACCCCGGAGUGUGAGCAUUCAGUCAGGACAGCAGAACGGCCUGGGUCAAGACAGCAAUGGGUACCCUAAUGGGCUGAAAAAUGGCCACGCAUCUACGAAUGGAGUGAAUAGAGCUGAAGCUAUGCCAAAUUUCACCCUCAACGGUCAUCGUGGCGACCCAGUAACUCCGAUUGCAAUUGUCGGAAUGGCUGGUCGAUAUCCCCAGGCCGAUUCUGUUGAGGCGUUAUGGGAGAUGCUUGAGUUGGGACGAUGUGCUGUCAGCGAGAUGCCGAAUGAUAGAUUCAAAAUGAAAAAGCUCUUACGACAGCCAAAUGGUCCCUUUUUUGGGAAUUACCUGGAUGAUCCCGAGGCUUUUGAUCAUCGGUUCUUUGGUAUCUCUGCCCGCGAGGCAGAGGCUAUGGAUCCCCAGCAGCGACUCCUAUUGCAGGUCGCAUAUAAUGCCAUGGAGUCGGCCGGCUAUUGUGGGAUCUCUGCUUCUUCAUUGACCUCAGACAUCGGCUGCUAUAUCGGUGUUGGCUCGGACGACUACACAGAUAAUGUUGGAUCCCGGGACGCCAAUGCAUUUUCCGCCACAGGAACUCUUCAGGCCUUUAACAGCGGACGCAUCAGCCACUACUUUGGGUGGAGUGGUCCAUCAUUGAUAGUUGACACCGCUUGCUCUUCAGCUGCCGUGGCAAUUCAUCUGGCCUGCAAGGCCCUACAGGCAAAGGAAUGCUCCAUUGCAAUGGCUGGAGGAGUGAACGUCAUGACCAGUCCCAAGGUUACUCAGAACCUCGCCGCUGCCUCUUUCCUGUCUCCGACUGGAGCCUCCAGAGCAUUUGAUGCGGAUGCAAAUGGCUAUUGUCGUGGUGAAGGGGCAGGACUGGUGGUUCUGCGACCAUUGGAAGAUGCCCUUCGUGAUCAUGACACAGUGUUGGCUGUCAUCGCGGGAUCAGCAGUUAACCAAGGCUCCAACUGUUCUCCGAUCACAGUCCCUGUCUCGGAAUCUCAACAGUCUCUAUAUCGUAAAGCCCUCGUUGCUGGAGCAACUUCUCCAUAUGAAGUGAGCUAUAUUGAGGCCCAUGGAACUGGAACGCAAGUGGGAGAUCCAAUCGAGUUUGACAGCAUUCGCCAGGUUUUCGGUGGACGAAGUCGAGCUGAAAUGCUUUGGAUUGGAUCUAUCAAGGAUAAUAUUGGGCACACAGAGACAUCCUCCGGAGUUGCAGGGCUGUUAAAGACAGUGUUGAUGAUUCAAAAGGGGAGAAUCCCCAAGCAGGCCAACUUCUCUCGCCUGAAUCCCAAAAUCCCUUCUGCUGAAAAAGAGAAUAUCUCAAUUCCGGACAAGUCUGUCAGCUGGGAAUCCACAUAUCCUGCGGCGAUGGUGACAAAUUAUGGCGCUGCUGGAAGUAAUGCGGCUCUUUUGGUAAAGCAACACGCGAGUCCAUCAUUUACUUCAGACUACGUCGGAGCAUGCGCAUCAGAAGUCCCAAUUUUCAUUUCAGCAAAGUCCCAAGAGUCCCUUCUUGCUUAUUGUGAGGCCCUUCACAGUUUCGUCAAUGACAGAUCGCUUUCGCCCAACGAAAGUCUGCUGCAAGACGUCGCGUACAAUCUUGCCAUCAAACAGAACAGGGAAAUGGACUACAUAGCCACUUUCUCAACGAGUUCGAGCGAUACUAAGAGCUUCCUGAACGAGCUCACUCAGGUCAUCUCAACCAAUGCUCACUCGCGAAAGAAGCCUGCAAAUCCACUUCCUGUGAUCCUCUGCUUUGGCGGUCAGACUGGCAACACAGCUAGUAUUUCAGAAGAUCUUUACAACUCUUGUGGACACUUACGAUUUCACUUGAUGGAAUGUGAAAACGCUUGCAACGCCCUGGGCCUGCCAAGUCUGUUCCCGACGAUCUUCCAAAGCAGUCCAAUCAAAGACCUAGUAUCCCUCCAUUGCAUGCUUUUCUCCAUCCAGUAUGCGUCUGCCAAGGCUUGGAUAGACUCAGGGCUGAAGGUGGACCGUAUCAUUGGACACAGCUUUGGCCAACUGACUGGACUUUGCGUUGCGGGUGGCUUGAGUCUGUCCGACGCAAUAACGCUCAUAUCCCAGCGAGCCAGGCUGAUCAGCAGCAGUUGGGGCCUAGAAUAUGGCAGCAUGCUGUCGAUUAAAGGAACACCGGAAGAUAUCCUUGACCUGCUGAAGACUUGCAAUAACACUGUGGAUAUCGCGUGCUACAACGGCCCGCGCGACCUCGUUGUUGCCGGGGAGGAGGCCUCCAUCGCAAAUAUCGAAGCUAUCGCUGUAGGCAGAUCCAUGUUUAUUCAAACAAAGCGACUGCGCAGCACUCAUGCCUUCCACUCUCGAUUAGUUGACAGUAUUGUUCCUGGCCUCACCGAAGUUGCUGAAUCACUUGUGUACCAUGAGCCACGGAUUCCAAUAGAGGCCUGCUCUGAGUUGGAAGAUUGGACCUCUGUGACUCCCACGAAUAUAGUUCAGCACAGCCGUAUGCCUGUUUACUUUGAAUCGGCUGUGAAGAGGGCCGCAGAGAAGGCUUCCGGUCAAGCCAUCUGGCUUGAGGCCGGAUCAGGAUCUCCUGUGAUCCCGAUGAUUCGACAGAUUAUCCAAUCUUCUGAAUCGCCAGAAAGGCACGUCCUCCAGCCGAUAAAUCUCCAAGACCCACAAGCAGAGCGAAACAUUGCCAAAGCCACCUCGAAACUUUGGUCAAGCGGCGUCAAAGUGCAGUUUUGGGCCUUCAGUCAUCACCAGGCGCCCUCUUACAAGUCAAUGAAUCUACCCCCUUAUCAAUUUGCGAAGACCAAGCAUUGGAUUCCAUUUGAUCCAUUGGCAUUCCUUCCCGUAACAUCCCCAUCGGUGCCUGAUACUUCCAGUGGAAUGGUCAAAGUGGUUGAACGAAACUCCAAGGGCACCGUUUUUUCGGUCAAUGUUUCUCAUCCAGUAUACCGAUUAUGUGCACAAGGACACUCCGUUGUUGGCCAACAUCUGUGUCCUGCGUCUCUGUACAUUGAGAUAAUUUUGGAGGCAGCAAGCAAGACAACGUCAGAGGGGCUCUCUGGACUUAUGCCACAUAUUCACAAUCUUAGCAUCUGUACCCCGUUGCUUCUCGAGUCCGAAGGAGAGGUCUGUCUUCAACUAUCGCAAACUGACACCCAGCUCGAAUGGUCAUUCUCUCUCUUCACCCAGCAGGGGAUAUCAGGCCGGGAGACGCAUGCCACAGGUGAGAUCGGACUGUACAACGGGAGCGGAGCAUCCCAGGCUUCCUCGCGUUUCCGGUCCCUGGAUCGGCUCAUAUCUCCAUCUCAUUCUCGUACCAUUGCAAAUUCAACAAGUGCCAGUGGCUUGGUGGGGCUACCUGUUUACCAGACUUUCAAUCGAGUGGUUGAAUAUGCAGACUACUUCAGAGGAGUGAAGAACGUGUUUUCCAAUGGGCAUGAAGCUACUGGUCUCGUGUCCUUGCAGGAUUCCCCAAGUGCGAAUGGAAUUUGUGACCCCGUUCUCCUCGACAAUUUCCUUCAGGUGGCUGGUAUCCAUACAAACUGCUUGUCUGAGACUCGCGAGGACGAGGUCUUUGUUUGUAGUGCUAUCGGGGACAUAUUUUUGAGUGACGCCUUUAUCACGAGAGAUACGAAGUCCACCAGAACUACUACAACAUACACCAGCUAUGAUCGACCUUCCAAGAAGCAAUUCAUGAGCGACAUCUUCGUGUUCGAUUCCGAGAGCGGCAAAUUGCUUCUUGCCAUCAUGUCUGCGACCUUUACCAGUGUUCUGAUGUCGAAUUUAUCUCGCGCUCUCAGCAGACUGAACAAAGACGCUCCUACGUCGGUCCCUCAAUCGAUUGAGAGAGAUCCCCUGCUUGAGACCCAAGCGACUUCGAUGCCAAACUCGCAGGAAUCUCCGAAAGCAAUGAGUGACAGGGGUGGACACGUAGAAGCUGUCCGAGAGAUGUUCCACACUCUCCUAGGCAUUCCGUUGAAAGAGUUGCUUCCAUCGUCGGGCCUUGAGGAUAUUGGAGUAGAUUCGCUCAUGAGGACUGAGGUCUUGGCUGAGAUCAAGAACCGCUUUGGCUUUAACUUGUCUGUCACUGCCUUGCUGGAGAUUUCUGAUAUUCAAAGCCUGGCCAACACAUUAUUCCCAGAUGCUUCCUUUGAAGCCUCAGAUAUCUCCGCUCCAGUGGAAACCAUUAUUAAAACCCCGGCGAAGCAGAUGUCGAGGCAAGUUAGUCACAUCAAUUUAGUCCCUACCCCGAGUGACUCUCUGGCUGCGUUAUCAAGCGACGUGUUUGCCAAUCUCAGGACAACUAGCCUAUACAGUCAGAAAGCCCAGUGGACUGGCUUUUGUGAUGACGUCUAUCCCCAACAGAUGGCUCUUGUGACAGCAUAUGUUGUCGAGGCAUUCGAAGAUAUGGGGAUUCCGCUUGACUCCUUCGGGCCUGGACAGGUCAUCCCACAGCUUCCAGUACUGCCUCAACAUCAGCAGGUGAAGGAUCAGCUCUAUUCCAUAUUGGAAUUCUCCAAAUUGGUCCAAAGGCAAGGAGACGGUAUUAUAAGAACAGCGAACCUCAUUCCAACCACGCCUUCCCUUUCCCUACACCAACAAAUCGUCCGAAAAUACCCUCGCCAUGAGUUAGAGCACAAUCUUCUUCACACCACUGGCUCUCAAUUGGCCAAGUGCUUGACUGGUUCGACUGAUCCUCUGGCCCUUCUAUUCCAGGAUAAGAAGGCACGCGAGCUAAUUGGAAAUGUAUAUACCCAUGCGCCAAUGUUCCUUUCUGCGACAAUGCAUUUGACGCAAUUUCUCCGAGACGUCCUCAGCAAGGCUGAACCUGGUAGAGAGAUCAAGAUCCUCGAGAUUGGUGCUGGCACUGGUGGUACCACCGGCUUCCUCCUUGGUCAACUCGCGGAUGUCUCUGGGCUACGCUUCGAAUACACCUUUACAGAUAUUUCAUCCUCGCUAAUUGCACUUGCGCGAAAGAGGUUCCAAAAGUACAACUUCAUGUGCUAUACAACUCUCAACAUUGACCAGGACCCCCCCGAAGCAAUGUUAGGACAAUAUGACGUGAUCAUUUCCUCAAACUGUGUUCAUGCCACUCCCAGCAUCAUGAGAUCAACCAAGAAUAUCAAUAGCCUUUUACGGCCUGACGGAAUUCUUUGUCUGAUUGAGCUGACCCGCAACUUGUUCUGGUUCGACCUGGUCUUUGGACUACUCGAGGGCUGGUGGUUGUUCGGCGAUGGUCGACAGCACGCUCUUGCUAGCGAAUACGCUUGGGAUAAGGCCCUUCGCCAGGCCGGCUAUCGGUGGGUCGACUGGAGUAGUAACACCUCAAAGGAAUCUGAGAUAUUACGGUUGAUUGUGGCAUCCCCUGCAGACGUCGGCUCUCAAGAAAGUACCCUGGUCACGGAAGAGUCGGUGACUUUCGCGGAGAAGAAUGGGGUUGAACUACUGGCGGACAUUUAUUACCCCACAGAGGUUGAGACAUCGAGCCGAUCCCGGCCUAUUGCCCUUAUGAUUCAUGGUGGUGGUCAUGUCAUGCUUUCUCGCAAGGAUAUCCGCCCCAAGCAAACGAAAAUGUUACUUGCCGCAGGGUUCUUGCCAGUAAGCAUUGAUUACAGGCUUUGCCCGGAGGUCUCCCUCUUGAAAGGACCCAUGGAGGAUUGUCGGGAUGCCCUGGAGUGGGCUCGUCAGGUUCUGCCAGGGCUAGCGCUGAAACGCCCCGAUGUAAAGCCCGACGGGGAUCACGUGGUGAGUGUUGGGUGGUCAACUGGUGGCCACCUUGCCAUGACGCUUGCUUGGACCUCUGCUAUGAUUGGCGUUCGUCCUCCGGAGGCAAUUCUUUCGUUCUACUGUCCCACGGACUAUGAGGAUCCCUUCUGGAGUCACCCAAACUUGCCAUUUGGUCAUUCUGCUGUGUCAACCGACGCAUACGACUGGCGGGAAGGCAUUCAAGACAAAACCAUCACUUCAUACAAUCCUCCAUCCUCGUUGGGUGGCUGGAUGAAUCCUAGUGAUGCUCGCAGUCGUAUAGCAUUACACAUGAACUGGACCGGUCAGACGGUUCCUGUCCUGCUAAACAAGCAAGGUCCUAAUCAGAGGAAUCAAACACCCGAAUUGGAACCACCUAGCGUUGAGGCUAUCCAAUCAAUCAGUCCUUUGGCCCAGAUCCGAACCCGCAAAUACCAGUCUCCCACUUUUAUCAUCCAUGGUACCCGUGAUGAUCUGAUUCCCAUUGCCCAGGCGCAGCGAACAUAUAAUGCGCUUUCCGAUGCUGGUGUUGAUUCUGAGAUCAGAGUACUCGAUGCAGUGCAUUUGUUUGAUACAUACCCGGAUAUGGAAGAGAACCAGGAGGCAGUGCAGGCAGUUCAAGAUGGGUUUGCAUUCUUGAAGUCACAUGUCAAACCUUGA